CUAACUGUGCUCAGUGUUCUGUCUGUGUGUUGUGCUGGUUUUUAUAACAACACAGUGGUGGCCUACCGGUGACUUGCAAACACUCUUCUGACUUCUGACGUUGUGCCGUAGAGUCGUAGAGGAACAGGCCAAGCAGACACAGAAUAGAAGCUGAGAAAUGUCCACUUCAGAGAAGACAUUGUUUAAGCGGUUGCCAACAGAUGUGGUUCCUCAGCUGUAUGAAGUUACCUUGAAACCUGACCUUGUUGAGCUCACAUUUCAAGGAUGGGAGGUUGUUCAUUUGAUGGUUAAAUCAGUGACCAGUUCAAUAACAGUGAAUGGUUUUGAGAUCACAGUGUCUGAGGCGUCGUUGUCCGGUAAGGACUCAGGGAAAACUCUGGUACCGGAAAUUGAACAUCAGCCUAAUGAGGAGAAGAUUUUGUUCCACUUCUCUGAAGGACUACAGCCGGGAGAGUACCUCCUGAAGCUCCAGUUCACGGGUUCCCUCAACGACCAGCUCCGAGGGUUCUACAGAAAUAAAUACACCACACCCUCGGGAGAGCAACGCUAUGGAGCAGGCACGCAUUUUGAGGCCACAGGUGCUCGCCGUGCUUACCCGUGCUGGGACGAGCCUGCGGUGAAAGCCAAGUUUGUUUUCACGCUGGUUGUACCCCAAGACAGGCUGGCGCUCUCAAACAUGCCUGUGGAAGAGGAAAAGCCCAGUCCGGAGAACCCAGACUUGAGGAUGGUGAAGUUUGAACCCACCCCUACCAUGUCCACCUACCUUACUGCCUUUGUGGUCGGGGAGUAUGACUGUGUGGAGGACACCACUAGCAAUGGAGUUCCAGUCCGUGUGUUCACUCCGGUGGGCAAGAAAGAGCAGGGACGAUUUGCCUUAGAGGUUGCAACCAAAGCGCUGUCAUACUAUGAGUGGUACUUUGAUGUUCCGUACGGACUACCCAAACUAGAUCUGAUCACACUGUCUGAGUUCCCCAUAGGUGCAAUGGAAAACUGGGGUCUGGUCACGUAUCGAGAAACUUGCUUGUUGGUUGACAGUGUCCACUCAUCUGCCCUGACUCGCCAGCGAGUGGCUGUGGUCGUGGCCCAUGAGCUCUCACACAACUGGUUUGGCAAUCUUGUUACCAUGGAAUGGUGGACUGAUCUGUGGCUGAAGGAGGGCUUUGCGACCUGGAUAGAGUAUCAAUGUGUGGCCUCCCUUUACCCCGAGAUGGAUGUGUGGAUGACGUUCAUCAACGGAGACCAGGCAUAUGCCUUGAAACUGGACGCUCUCAGCACCAGUCACCCUGUGGAGGUGGAAGUUGGGCAUCCCGGUGAAAUUGAUGAAAUCUUUGAUGGCAUCUCCUACUGCAAAGGCGCCUGUCUCAUCCGCAUGCUGCAGUCACACAUUGGGGACGAGGCUUUCCGUAAAGGCAUGAAGCUAUACCUGAACAGGCACAAGUUUUCUAACACCAACACCUCCAACAUGUGGGCAGCCAUGUCCGAGUCCAGUGGGGAAGACGUCGGUCAGCUCAUGGACUCAUGGACCAAACAGAUGGGCUUCCCGUUGAUCAAGGUGGAGGAGGUCAUUGACACAAACUCUGAGCAGCGCCAGGUUGUCCUCUCGCAGGAAAAGUUUACUUCCCAAGUGCCGAGCGGAGAUGAGGCCAAGUCCAGUGCCCGGUGGAGGGUGCCCUACUCCAUCACAACUGCCCGCAGCCCGGAGAAGCCCGUGGUGAAAGGCGUUCUGGCUGAUGGCUCGGUCACUCUGACAGUACCGGACUGUGCUCCUGGGGACUGGAUACGGGUGAACCCAGGCCAGUUUAUGUUCUACCAUGUUCAGUACUCCCCUGAAGCCCUUCAGAGAUUUUUGCCAGCCUUGAUCAGUAAUGUACUUGGCCCGGUGGAUCGACUGGGACUGUUAACCGACCUCCUGGCAUUGUGCAGGGCGAACUACAUUAAUGCCGUGGAUGUCUUGAGAUUGACUAAGAGCUACCGUUCUGAGAAGAACUUUGCCGUGUGCAGCAAACUGACCUCUGCCCUGGCCGACCUGGGCUCACAGAUCCAGCAGCUGACCGAGGGAAGUUUCUCCCGCUACAAGACAUUUGUCUGCGACAGCCUGAGGGACACUGGGGAGAGGCUGGGCUGGGAGGCACAGUCAGGGGAAGACCAUGGGGACAAAAUGCUGAGGGAACAAGUCCUCACGAGAUUGGGCAGAAGUGGUGAGGAGAAGGUCAAGGAGGAAGCAUUCCGAAGAUUUGAGGCACAUUUUGCUGGUCAGCAAGUCUUAUCUGGUGACAUCAAGGCUCCGGUUUAUACCACAGUUCUGACGCAUGGGGGUAAAGCUGUCUUUGAAAAAAUGCUUCAGCUGUAUGAUCGGGAAGACUCUUUGGAAGAAAAGAAUCGGAUUGGUCGUUUGCUAGGUUGUGUAUCGGACGCUGAGCUCAUCCAGUCUGUGCUUAAGUUUGCUCUAUCGGACAAGGUCCGUAACCAGGACAGUGUGGCAGUGCUGGGCGGCGUGAGGGCGUCUCUGCAGGGCAAAGAACUCUUGUGGAGCUUCGUUAAGGAAAACUGGUCUGAGCUUUAUCGUCGCUACGGCACCAGCACCAUGCUCAGCGGGCUGAUCAAGGUUCUCACUGAAGGAGUGGGCUGUGCUGACCAGGCAGCAGAUAUUGAGAAAUUCUUCAAGUCCCACAAGGCCAAAGCAGCAGAACGUGCCAUACAACAGGGGCUGGAACACAUCUCCUCUAACGUGGCCUUCCUACGGAAACAAGGGUCGUCUAUCUUGGAAUUUUUGAAGACUGAAGCUUAGAUUUGUGUAGCUUAAAUUUAGGUGUGACUAGGAGGCAUAUGUCGGUAUAUUAAUAUUAUGUUGAAAAGCAAAUCAAAUCAAUUUUAACUCUUUCAGCCCCAGCCAUUUUUGUGCACCCCCUAACCCCAAUCGCAGCCAGUGCAGCAGUAUUUCA